AGGUGCUGGGUGUGUUCGUCGGGAGUCGCUAGGGUUGCUGUCUUCCUCUAGAUCUUUCAAUCGAGGGCUCUUCCUCUUUCCCUUUUGUUAUUACUCCAUCAAUUAUGAACCGAUCUUUUAUGUUGUCGCGAUUCCUCUUCCUGUAAUGUAUUCUUUCCGUUCCUAUAUAUCAAGAUCGUCUGCGGUGAGGUGCUCCCGUUGCUAACGCCGCCGCCCGUAACACCGCCAUCCCUAACCUCGCCGGCCCGGGGGCCCUACUCUACGUUCGACACUCUCCGCCUUGGUAGAUCCGCUCAGACCAUUGUUGCUCGCCUCAUCCGGUUAUGGGAUUCUCGGAACAUCCACAAGAAUGGGGAGUUUAUGGGAAUAACUAUUCUCCUCCUCGAUGAACAGGACUCGGUGAUUCAUGGUUUCAUCCCCGCUAACCGAGCCAGCCAGUUCCGGUCGUGUUUGAAAGCCGGUUCGAUUGUGAGAUUGGAUGGUUUUGAAGUUGCUCGAAUCCCUCACAUGUACAAGAUCACCGAACAUCAGUUCGUGAUCCGCUUCAUACCGUCAACGCGUAUUGUUGAAGUCUUGGCUAACGCUCCUGUGAUCAGGUCCGACAAGUUCCUGGUCCGGUGUAUUGAUCAUCUUCAAGUGCUUGCUAACACUAAUCUUGAGCUUCCAGAUGUUGUUGGUGAAAUACGUUCCGUUCAGGGGUCUGAUCUCCAAAACGACACAGCUACUACCCGAAUGGUGGUCCGCUUACUUAUCGAACCGACUGUGACCGUAAACGUUUCUUUGUGGGAUGAGGCUGCAUCAGCCUUUAGGGGCCGCUUGAGAGAUGGAGACAAAUCCCAGUCCGUGAUGCUGUUGACCUCGGUCAAUCCUAAGCUGUUUGGAGGUAACCUGUAUUUAAACUCCACACAAGGAACUAGGUUCUACUUCGACACUACCCUCCCUGAAAUAGCAGAGUUUGUCAGCAGAGUUGGAGCUACAUCAGCUCAAGUGUAUUCCUGCGUUGACACCCUCGAAGGAAUCAAAAAGAAGGAGCUUGUCUCGAUUAAGGAUCUUAACAGCUUCAUCUCCAAUUCCAAUGAGCAGACCCAAGAAGCUGAUUUCCUCUGCAAGGCCCGUAUUGUUUGUGUCAUCCCGGAAAAUGGGUGGUCUUUUGUUUCAUGCACUGGCUGCCACAAAAAAUAGGAGAGACUUGGAACUUCGCUGAACUGUACCAGAUGUGUAUCUUCAGACGUGACUGGUGUGGUCAGGUUCCGUGUUGAGCUUGCUGUUGAUGAUGGCAAUGACAGCGCAACUUUUGUUGUCUUCUUUACUCACAUAAACAUUUACAUUUAUAUCAUGCUAGGUUAUAUAUGUUAUAUUCCUCAACCAUUGAAGCGUUGUUCUCAAUUUGAUGCAGGUUUCAGACGGUGGAGAGGAGUAUCUGCCCAGCUGUCUUGAGGAGCUAGAAGGGAAGGAAUUUGUGUUCCAGAUCCGUGUCACACCUUUCAACUUCACUCCCAACUACCGUACAUUCACAGUCUCCACCAUCACUGAUGAAGAUAGCACCAUUGCGACUCAGCUGAAGGCACACAGUGAGGGCAUUAUUCCAAGCGGUUCUGGUGACGUAGGAUUAAGCGCUUCGUCCUCGGGUCCGUCUGUUUUGGAAGUCAAGCACGGUGAGAAGUGUUCUUCAGCGGCCCCUCCUGAGAAUGCAGACACUCUGAAGAAACGCAAGCGUAGCCGUGAGUAACUCGCAGAAUGAUCACCUACCGGCCCGUCUCCAGUCUUUUAUAUGCUUUUUAAAAAAAACUUCUACUAUCUAUGUUUUCAAUCUAAACUUUGGGUUUUUUCCUUUUAUCUUCUUCCUAUCUACGUAUGUCUCUCUAUGUUUUAUUAUCAAUGAAUCUUCGACGGGCUUAAGUUGAUUCCAAAUUAGCGAGUCUCUAUGUUUUAUUAUUACUGAGUUGAAUCCAAA